UAACAUACCUUACAAAAGAAACAUAAAAUAAAUAAUAUACGUUUAGCUUUGAUCAGUACACUUUAUUUUGCUAGUUACUGAUUGCCACAAUUUGUGUUGUUAUUUUAGUAAAUUUUAGCAACAACAAAUUGGGGAUACAUGUGAAAGUUUUUCCAUGAGGACGGAAGAAGAAUAAAGGACUUACCCGCUUUAGUGUGACUCUAUAAAGUACCAUAUUGUACGGUAAUUGUUUGUCCUUAUGGUCUAACGUAUAUUACAUUUGAACGGAUCAUAUUUUCCUAUUAGCCCAGAAAAAUGAUUUUUUAUCAAUAUUUCCAACGUAUAUUACAUUUGAACGGAUCAUAUUUUUCUCUUUAACCAUCAUCCAUUCAUUUUUUUUUUUUCUAUUAAAGUUAAGAUGUAUGAUCAGCGAAGACCUUUGAUUUUUGUUUACUUUUAGCUGAAACGAAGACUCUUGGUUACAACUUACAACUAGAAAAUCUGCUCGGUGAUUUUAAAUCGAUUUAUUAAGUAUAGUCAUCACAUACAGACAUACAGUAGUAAUUUAUAUAUUCCCCUGUCUUUUAUAUUUACAACUACAUGCUAAUCACGAAACCAUAGAGUGAAAGCUGUUAAGAGAUUUGGCAGAUAUCAUCUUCUAAUCUAAUAAUGUUUCUCUUACAUAACUCUUAAUGUAGUUAAGGGUUUAUUAAUAUGUCUCCCUAAUUUAAUUGGUGAAGCCAGAAUCGAAAGUCAACCAUAAACCCCAUCUUCCUUCUUUUUAUAUAGAGACACAAGAGACGCCCUUUCUUCUCCGUGUCUCUCUGUCUCAACUCUGUCAACAUGUCAGGACCUCUAACUUGCUCUGUGUCCGAUCUCUCCGCCAUGCUCGGUCCCAACGCCACCGCAGCGGCUGAAUACAUAUGCGGCCAAUUAGGCACCGUAAACAACAAGUUCACAGAUGCAGCCUACGCCGUAGACAACACCUAUCUUCUCUUCUCUGCCUACCUCGUCUUCUCCAUGCAGAUAGGCUUUGCGAUGCUCUGUGCUGGCUCCGUUAGAGCCAAGAACACAAUGAAUAUCAUGCUCACCAAUGUCCUUGACGCUGCAGCCGGAGGACUCUUUUACUAUCUUUUCGGUUACGCCUUUGCCUUUGGCGGAUCCUCUGAAGGUUUCAUCGGAAGACACAACUUUGCUCUUAGAGACUUCCCGACUCUCACGUCCGACUACUCUUACUUCCUCUACCAAUGGUCAUUCGCAAUCGCAGCUGCUGGAAUAACCAGCGGUUCUAUCGCGGAGAGGACUCAGUUUGUGGCUUACUUGAUCUACUCUUCUUUCUUAACUGGAUUUGUUUAUCCUGUUGUGUCUCACUGGUUCUGGUCCCCGUUCGGAUGGGCUAGUCCCUUCCGUUCAGCAGAUGACCGUUUGUUUAACACCGGAGCCAUAGAUUUUGCUGGCUCCGGUGUUGUUCACAUGGUUGGUGGCAUAGCAGGAUUAUGGGGUGCUCUCGUCGAAGGUCCUCGACGUGGCCGGUUUGAGAAAAGUGGUCGCGCUAUUGCACUACGUGGCCACUCCGCCUCCCUUGUCGUCUUGGGAACGUUCCUUCUUUGGUUCGGUUGGUAUGGUUUCAACCCUGGUUCCUUUACCAAGAUCCUCGUCCCGUAUGAAACCGGUUCGAGCUACGGCCAAUGGAGCGGAAUAGGACGGACAGCGGUUACAACCACGCUUGCUGGAUCCACCGCAGCUCUAACCACACUCUUCGGAAAACGUCUUCUCUCUGGCCACUGGAACGUGACAGACGUAUGUAACGGGCUACUCGGUGGGUUCGCUGCCAUAACAGGGGGUUGCUCUGUGGUAGAGCCCUGGGCUGCGAUCGUAUGUGGAUUCGUGGCUGCCCUCGUCCUCAUCGGCUGCAACAAGCUCGCGGAGAUCGUACAGUAUGAUGAUCCCCUCGAGGCGGCGCAACUACACGGAGGAUGUGGUGCGUGGGGGUUGAUAUUCGUAGGGCUUUUUGCAAAGGAGAAGUAUCUAAACGAGGUUUACGGCGAGACACCUGGAAGGCCAUAUGGACUGUUAAUGGGUGGAGGAGGGAAGCUGUUGGGAGCACAAUUAGUUCAAAUACUUGUGGUUGCAGGAUGGGUUAGUGCUACCAUGGGAACACUCUUCUUCUUGCUCAAAAGGCUCGGUUUGCUGAGGAUAUCGGAGAAGGAUGAGAUGGCCGGUAUGGAUAUGACACGUCACGGUGGUUUUGCUUAUAUGUACUAUGAUAAUGAUGAUGAGUCUCACAGGGCCAUUCAGCUCCAAAGAGUUGACCCUGGAUCUCCUUUCCCACGUUCGGUUACUCCUCGGGUUUAAUUUUCAAGCUUCUUGUAAUUUUAUUAACUGUUGAGCAUUGUUGGGGUAAUAUGGUUUUGAAAUACAAACUUGGUAUGGAUACUGACUCAUCCAUCAUUAAAUUGUACCUCUAUAUCAUUCACAUAGGCGGUCAUUUAAAAGCGUUUGCGUACUAAA